CCUCCCUCUCAAGCCUCUCAAGCCUUGUGUCCAUUUCUUCCAACACUAUUUUUAUCAAACACGAUAAGGAUGUGGAGGUUGAAGAUCGGAGAGGGAAACAGUAAAGAGGACCCUUACUUGUACAGUACGAACGACUUUGUCGGACGGCAAACUUGGGAGUUCGAUCCCGACGCCGGUACACCGGAGGAACGUGCUGCCGUCGAGGAAACUCGCCGGAGUUUCUAUGAGAACCGGUAUCGGGUUAAAGCAAGCAGUGAUCUCUUAUGUCGGAUAUAUGCAAUUUCUGGAGGAGUUCGAGCAACUGAUACCGCCGGUGAAGGUUGAAGACAACGAUGAUAUACCGCCCGAAACCCUAACGAAUGCGUUACGGAGAGGUAUUCGUUUCUUCUCGGCGUUGCAGGCCGACGAUGGUCAUUGGCCGGCCGAAAACGCCGGCCCCUUGUUCCCCCUUCCGCCGUUGGUGUUCUGUCUGUACAUCACAGGAGUUCUUGAUGAGAUUUUUUCUGCAGAGCAUCGUAAGCAAGCCCUUUGGUACAUAUACUGUCACCAGAACGAAGAUGGUGGGUGGGGUUUACACAUAGAAGGUCACAGCACAAUGUUCUGCACCACCCUGAAUUACAUAUGUAUGCGCAUACUUGGAGAAGGCCCUGAUGGAGGACGAGAAAAUGCAUGCACACGGGCCCGGCAAUGGAUUCUUGACCAUGGUGGUGUAACAUAUAUACCUUCUUGGGGAAAAGCUUGGCUUGCGAUACUUGGUGUUUUUGAUUGGUCUGGAAGCAAUCCGAUGCCCCCUGAGUUCUGGAUCCUACCUUCCUUUCUUCCGAUACAUCCUGCUAACAUGAUGUGCUACAGUCGGAUGGUUUACAUGCCUUUGUCAUAUCUUUAUGGGAAGAGAUUUGUGGCUCCAAUAACACCUCUAAUUCUGAAACUACGCAAGGAAAUGUACUUACAUCCUUAUGAAACAAUCAACUGGAAUAAAGUUCGUCAUCUAUGUGCAAAGGAAGAUUUGUACUAUCUGCAUCCUUUAAUUCAAGAUUUGAUAUGGGACUGUCUUUACGUCAUCGUGGAGCCUUUCCUUACACGUUGGCCAUUUAACAAGCUUCUUAGGGAAAAGGCUCUUAAGGUGGCAAUGAAACACAUACAUUAUGAAGACGAAAAUAGUCGUUAUAUCACCAUUGGAUCUGUUGAAAAGGCUCUGUGCAUGCUGGCUUGUUGGGUUGAAGACCCGCAUGGAGAUUAUUUCAAGAAACACCUUGCCAGAAUCCCCGAUUACUUGUGGGUUGCAGAAGAUGGAAUGAAAAUGCAGGGACUUGCGAGUCAGCUCUGGGAUACAGGGCUUGCGAUCCAAGCUUUACUUGCAAGUAAUCUCUCCGAUGAGAUAUCCAAUGUACUAAGGAGAGGACACGACUUCCUGAAGAAAUCUCAGGUAGCAGAGAAUCCUUCUGGUGACUUCAAGAGCAUGUAUCGUCAUAUUUCUCGAGGGGCAUGGACUUUCUCAGAGAGAGAUCAUGGGUGGCAAGUUUCGGACUGCACAGCCGAGGGCUUAAAGUGUUGCCUGUUGCUGUCGAUGAUGCCACCGGAUGUUGUGGGCCCAAAACUGAAUCCCGGGCCACUCUAUGAUGCUGUUAAUAUCAUACUGUCUUUACAGAGCGAAAAUGGAGGUGUGACUCCAUGGGAGCCUGCCAGAGCAUACGGAUGGUUGGAAUUGUUCAAUCCCUCGGAAUUCUUUGUCAACAAUUUGAUAGAGUAUCAAUACUGCGAAUGUACUUCUUCAGCUAUCCAGGCAUUGGUUCUCUUCAGGCAACUAUACCCAGACCACAGGGCAGAAGAGAUAAAUAAUUUCCUCGAGAAAGCUGUGGAAUACAUAGAAAACGUGCAAAUGCCUGAUGGUUCAUGGUACGGAAGCUGGGGCGUUUGCUUCACAUAUGGCACAUGGUUUGCUCUUGCAGGUCUAGCAGAGGCCGGUAAGACUUACGGAAACUGCCUGGCUAUGCGGAAAGGUGUUCGUUUCCUCCUCGAAACCCAGAAAGACAACGGAGGUUGGGGAGAAAGCUAUCUGUCUUGUCCUAAAAAGAGAUACAUACCGACUGAGGGGGAAAGAUCAAACCUGGUCCAGACCGCGUGGGCUGUGAUGGGUCUACUUCACGCUGGACAGGCCGAGAGAGAUCCAACCCCUCUCCACCCUGCCGUGAAGCUGAUCAUCAACUCCCAACUGGAAAACGGCGAUUUUCCUCAACAGUGUUUGGGUGAAUUACGUAUGUUUUUGAAGGAGAUCACGGGAGCAGUCAUGAGGAGCUGCAUGAUGCAUUAUGCCGCCUACAGAAACACCUUCCCCUUGUGGGCUCUUUCUCAGUAUCGCAGGCUUGUUUCAUUCGCCAUUUAAGAGAGAGAGAGAGAGAGAGAGAGAGAGAGAGAGAGAGAGAGAGAGAGAGAUGAAAAAAAAUUUAAGUGAUGCAUUUUAUGUUAUAAUGUUUCCCACAAUUUAAUUAAAUAAACAUAACGACGGUUUGCAUUUCAGUAAA